AUGGCGCAGCAACAAACGAGCGAGAGAUCUAUGCACGCACGAGUGGGAAGAGACAAACAGAGAUAUGGUCUUUCCGGCGAGCGCCUAGUAGCAGGCGUGGUGCCGCUUUCCUCCGACCGCACCAAAGUCCUCAUGAUCCAAUCUUCCAGUCGCAAAGGCUGGGUCCUCCCCAAAGGCGGUUGGGAAACCGACGAAAAGACACAACAAGAUGCCGCUUGCCGUGAGGCCUGGGAGGAAGCCGGCAUCGAAUGCAAAAUCGAGCGAGAUCUCGGUACGAUUGAGGAGAAGCGUACUGAGGCUGCAAUCAAGAAGGAUGGGACCAGAGCUCCGAGGGCUUCGUAUAGAUUUUAUGAAGUCAAGGUGAAGCAGGAGCUGGAUCAUUGGCCGGAACAGCACAAGCGGGAUCGAUUGUGGAUGAGUUUCAAGUCUGCGCAGGAGCAGUUGAAGGAUCGGCCGGAGUUGCUUGAGGCGCUGGAGAGGAGCAGUAUCAUCAAGCGAUAG